CGCGGGCCACGCCCAGCCUCUUGCCUCUCUCAGGUGCCAGGCUUGCUCUGUAUUUUCCCGCCCUUUCCAGCUCUUCGUGAGGAGAACUGGAUGAUUUAGAAUGGAUUGGUUUCACUGUAACUGGUGUUUUCGAAAAGAUGGAGACAAUUUCUUUGUCACCAGCUGUGGCCAUAUUUUUUGUAAAAAGUGUGUGACUCUGGAAAAAUGUGCUGUUUGUGGAACUGCCUGCAAGCAUCUGGCUCUUUCUGAUAAUCUGAAACCUCAGGAGAAGAUAUACUUCAAAAGCCCUGUGGAGACAGCUUUGCAGUAUUUUAGUCACAUCUCCCAGGUGUGGAGUUUCCAGAAGAAACAAACAGAUCUCCUCAUCGCCUUUUAUAAGCAUAGAAUUACAAAGUUAGAAGCAGCCAUGCAGGAGGCACAGCAGACGGUGACCAGCCAGGAAAAAGAGCUGUCAGUCUUAAAGAAGGAGAAUGGAGAACUGAAGAAAUUUCUUGCCAUCCUGAAGGAAUCUCCAAAUUGGUACCAAGGAAGCAGGUCAGCCACACCUCGACCAGUAGGCAUUACUUCUCCAUCACAGUCAGUUACUCCACGACCCAGUUCUCAGCACAGCAGCCAAGUGGUCAGUCGGUCCUCCUCGGUGGAGUCUGUCCCUUACAGAAUGUCUGGAUUUACUAGCUUGGGACAAGGAGUCAGAGGCCUACAAGGAAAAAGUACUCCCAGAGACUCAUAUAUUGAAACCCCUUCACCAGCUUCCACUCACAGCCUAUCUUAUAGGCCUUCACCUGCCUCUUCUGGACAGGGGAUUUUUUCUUUCAGACCAUCCCUAAAUGGUGGGGAUUCAGGCCACACAAGAGCCCUUACCCCCAGUAAUUCAGGUCAGAGGGAAAGCAGAACCCCACUAGAGAGUCUUCCUGGUUUCCAGCUACCAGUCCAGCAGGAAGACUUUUUUCAGCACCCCCUUGUCAGACUUACGCACGAGCUGAGCCGCGCCCGCCCAGCCGAGGGCCCAACCGCCGUCAGCAGCGUCGUUGUAAAUGUAGCGCCUAGAGCAACCGGGAACUUGUUCUACAGAUGGAUCAAAUGUCUUGCCACCUGAAAGACGAGGAUCCUAGCUGUCCGGCGCCUUCGGAACACUGCACAGGUGUUCCCAAAGACGAAGUGUCAGAAGGGGGCACUUGUUUGGGACCUACCAGAUCCCCAGGUCCCCUUUCUGUCCCAGUGAAGAGGACCUGGAACUCCACCUCAUAUCUGGGGACCUUGGUUUUCUCUUGUCUAGAAAGGGAUGGCAAUGAAAUGGACUUUUCACCAAAGUGGUAGUCCACACACCGAAGUUCUGGGCCAAAAGUUUGUAUAUUUAGGAUUCUCCGUCUUCGACUAAAACUUGGGAAUGGUA